UUUUAAUUAUUUAGNGUNUGAUAAGNNGUUAUGAUGCGCGCGUACUAGGUACGCAACGUUUGUCGCGCGAGAAUUUUUGGAUCGCGUAUACGAGCUAUUGUAUAACGCUAUACAUAUGCGUCUUCUCGUGGUGUAACAUAAACGGAGUAUGCAAAGUGGCACGCGAAUCAGCGAUAUCUUCGUCGAAACAGAGAGAUCAAUUUUGUUUUUUGUUGUACAGCGUUUUGAAUCUUUAUUUCAAAUUUCAAAUAGUUUUUAUCAUUCUUUGAAGAGUAACCAGAGCUCGUUUAACGGAUGAUGAAAAAACUUGAUUUGAAGAAUUUGAUAAUACAGAAGAUACAAGUUUUGUUUUUUUUUUUAUUAGACAUCAACUUCCUCUUAUUUUAUCGAGUUUGAAAAUUGAAGGAGAAAAGCGAAAAAAAAAAUGAUCGUGGAUUUUUUUCUCGAGAUGCCGUGGGAUAUGUAUACAUUAUAAAUAGCGGUUGAAUACACCUAGUUAGCUGAGAACGUUGAUAAAAGAUGAUAGUCUUUAGAAUUUGAUAGGACGAACGAGAGAAAGAUUGCAUAUGUGUGUGAGAGUGGGAGAGAGAAAAAGAAGUUCUGUUGUCAAUACGUAGGGAUUUUAAAGACAUCUCGAAACGCAAAUUGUCUCAUUACAUUAGGAAUCAUUAAACAUGUAUAUUCGUGUCGGAACACGUGUAUAAAAGGAACGCUUAAGUAAUAUAUAUAACUUAUACAAAAUAUAGCGAUUGGCCCUUCGACAGUGUUCGAGAUCUUAUUUAAAUAUAUUCGAUGAAAACAAUAUGUUGUGUAUUGUUUUUUUUUUAAUGUAAAAAUGUUCCUUUUGUAUAUAUUUUUUUUUUUAUUACGGAAUCUUCCUCUCCUUUGUUUCUCCCACUCUCCCUUCACGUGGAUCUCAGCGUCAGCUGUUCGCCAGGCAGGUGAAAAAUUGGCGGGAAAACUGACAAGCGCGGACCUCCGACAGGACAUCGUAAGAUCGUACGAAUAGGAUUUUAAUGGUGGAACCGAACGAUAAUCCGAACGUAGUUUCAAUUUGAUUUGGUUGUGGGUUCGUUUAUGUUGCAAUCGCUUGCUUCUUCUCCACCAUCACGAUGACGACACGAGCUGCUGUGCGACUCGUCAACUCUGACGAGCAGGCGUUUGCGGGAUUACGCCGCUCGCCAAGGAACUUGCCGCAACAUUUAAAGGAAAAAUUGGAGCCAUCGAAACCUAAAAGAGAACCUUACGUAGAAACAUUACCUUCAAUUGUCUUCGAAGGUCGUAUUCAAUAUGCUAACGAUUUCUUCGAUUGUGCUCAGAUUUGUGACAAUCUUCUACAGGAAGUAAAGGCCAGUGAGAAGGAAAUAGUACCAAUAGGAUUUGACCUGGAGUGGCCUUUCAGCUUUCAAACUGGCAGCGGGAAAACAGCUCUGGCGCAAAUUUGUCUAAACAAUGACGUGUGUUACCUUUUGCACCUCUAUUCGCUGAAGAAGCUUCCCGCAUCCUUCACCGAACUUUUGCGUCAUCCCAAAGUUAAACUUGUUGGCGUCAACAUUAAAAACGAUGUGUGGAAACUUGGGAGAGACUUCAAGGAAUUCCCUGCACAAAAAGUAGUAGAGAACAAUUGUCACGAUUGUGGACCGUAUGCCAAUCAAGUUUUGAAGCGAUCUUGCCGUUGGAGCUUGGAAAGAUUGACCGCUUACUUGUUAGAAAAGAAAAUUAGCAAGGAUCCUAACGUGCGAAGAAGCAAGUGGCACAUACAACCCUUGAGUGACGCUCAGAAAAUUUACGCGGCUACGGACGCUUAUGUAUCUCUUCUGCUUUACACGACAAUUCAGGCGAAGGCUAUCGCCCUAGCAGAACAGAGUCAAAAUCAUGAAAAUCCGAUGAACUUUCCAUCUUAACGAAGUCAGUUGGCUUGU